UAAAAACUCUAAAUUUUUUGUUAUUUAAUGUGAAACAUUAUAAAUUUAUAUAAAUACUAAAUUGCCUGUAAAUAUGCAUAAGACCUGGAAGAAGCCACUGCACAAGCGGAAAAUCUGGUCAAAUAUAUCAUGGGCAGGUCGCCUGGUCUACUAUAUGCAACCUCUAUUGGAGCACCUGUUCGACAUAUGGCUGCAGCAGUUGCCCUUUCCGACGCUCCUCAAGUGCAUAUACACCUGCGUCCUGCUCUUCUUUAUGCUGCUGCCCGUCCUCUAUCCGCUGAUGGUGAUGGGCCUCUACUAUGGCUUGUGCCAGUUUGUGGGUGAAAAGCAUUUCAAUAUGGAAUUCCAGCCCAACUGGGAUCUGAUUGGCGCCGCCAGCAAUCUGUGGAAAUUCCAGGUCACCAACAAGAAGUAUCUGCUGUUCAUAGCCAUGUAUAUAGACCGAUAUCGUGUCAUUAUAACGGCCAUAUCAUCGACCGUCGACUAUAUGCGCAUGGCACUCUGCUUUGUCUUUGGCUAAGUGGGCGGGGGCGGGUGGCUAGAAGACAUCCAGGAGAGGCAAUCUACGGAAGUUUACGAGCGAUACGAGGCGGCACUUAAACACAUUUGGGACAAUAAAUUUGAUAUAUAUUUAUAUUCUCGUUUCAACUGGCACACGAAACGUUUCUGAUCUAGUUUUUAGCUAUGUAUUUAUUGAAUUUCCUCAUUGUUUUUAAGUUUUUCCCUUUUCUGUUUUUAAUU